AGCCCCGCUCUGUCGAAUCUUAUCCCUGCGCUGCCUCUGCGGCUGCAUCUUCCAGACUCCGCCCCGCGCGCGGAGCUGCAGCCAUGGCAGUCACCGCCCAGGGAGCCCGCAGGAAGGAGCGGGUCCUCUGCCUGUUUGACGUGGACGGUACUCUCACGCCGGCUCGCCAGAAAAUUGACCCUGAGGUGGCCGCUUUCCUGCAGAAGCUGCGAAGUAGAGUGCAGAUCGGUGUGGUGGGCGGCUCUGACUACUCUAAGAUCGCUGAGCAGCUGGGUGACGGGGAUGAAGUCAUUGAGAAGUUUGAUUAUGUGUUUGCUGAGAACGGGACAGUGCAGUAUAAGCACGGACGACUGCUCUCCAAGCAGACCAUCCAGAACCACCUGGGGGAGGAGCUGCUGCAGGACUUGAUCAACUUCUGCCUCAGCUACAUGGCCCUGCUCAGGCUGCCCAAGAAGCGUGGAACCUUCAUCGAGUUCCGGAAUGGCAUGCUGAACAUCUCGCCCAUCGGCCGGAGCUGCACCCUGGAGGAACGGAUCGAGUUCUCCGAACUGGACAAGAAAGAGAAGAUCCGGGAGAAGUUCGUGGAAGCCCUGAAAACAGAGUUUGCUGGCAAAGGGCUGAGGUUCUCCCGAGGAGGCAUGAUCAGCUUUGACGUCUUCCCCGAGGGCUGGGACAAGCGCUACUGCCUGGAUAGCCUGGACCAGGACAGCUUCGACACCAUCCACUUCUUUGGGAACGAGACCAGCCCUGGUGGGAACGACUUUGAGAUCUUUGCUGACCCCCGGACUGUUGGCCACAGCGUGGUGUCUCCUCAGGACACAGUGCAGCGAUGCCGGGAGAUUUUCUUCCCAGAGACAGCCCAUGAGGCGUGACCGGGGCCACAUCUGUGCGUCAUGACUUCUGAAGAGUUUGGCCUAGGCCUAAAGAGAGGUCCUGGUGUUGGAUAGAUGCCAGGGCCCCUCCUCUGGCCCAGGACGCCUGCUGCAAGGCCCAUGGACAACCGUCCCUAGCCAGUCAGCUCCUAGUGGCACUGGCUCCAUCCUCCCAGAGCCCAGAGUGUUCCCCAUGCUCCACCUGGUGGCCGAGGCCACAGCUGCUGCUUGUAUUUCGGUACAGAACAGGUUUCUGCGCCAGGAGGAGGUGUGCACAAGUGUCGGUACGAGAUCUAGCCUGCCCUGCCUGCCUGUCCUGGACGGUGGGGUGUGGUGGCACAGGUGCCUAUUCCCUGAACGGUGGGGUACGGUGGCAUAGGCGCCUAUUCCCUGGACGGUGGGGUGUGGUGGCGCAGGUGCCUAUUCCCUGGACGGUGGGGUAUGGUGGCGUAGGUGCCUAUUUCCUGGACGGUGGGGUGUGGUGGCGCAGGUGCCUAUUUCCUGGACGGUGGGGUGUGGUGGCGCAGGCGCCUAUUUUAGAGAACUUUGUCACAGUAUUAAAUUUCCCAGAACAAAGUAGGUAUAAGUUGUGUC